GCCAGACCCAUUGUAUCAUGUAUCGCUCGGCGUGUUUGUUGUGCGUUCUCUUCUCUAUCACUACCAUGUCGGUCCUAUCUCUCUCUCGCUCUGAGACAUACGAUCGAUACUACCACUACGACAAGCUGACAUCUCUCCUCCACGACUACCACGUCAGAUAUCCUCACAUCACUCGCCUCUUCACGGUCGGUCACUCCGUCCACGGCAGAGAACUAUGGGUAAUACAGAUCACUGACCGUCCAACCGAACGAGAACCGGGAGAGCCGAUGUUUAAAUACGUCGGGAAUAUGCACGGUGAUGAAACACUGGGACGUCAACUCUUGGUCUACCUCAUCGAGUAUCUCUGCACUAACUACGGAAAGAUCGAACGCAUUACGAAACUUGUGGAUUCGACUGAUAUCUAUAUAAUGCCCAGUAUGAACCCUGAUGGUUUCGAAUCGACGGUCAGAAACAACGCAAACAACAAGGAUCUCAAUCGCGAUUUCCCGGAUCAGUUUGCUUCCAUUCCUCAUCGGCCUCAACCCGAGACGCAAGCGCUAAUGGACUGGAUCGCUAGUCAACCGUUUGUUCUAUCAGCCAAUCUUCAUGGCGGAUCCCUAGUCGCCAGCUAUCCGUUUGACGACCGUCCAGACUUGAAGGACGGAUACAGCAAGGCUGCUGAUGACGCCAUUUUUCGCCACUUGGCACACGUGUACGCUACUGCUCAUCCGAGGAUGCACCUGCGUCGUCAGUGCCCAGGAGACAAUUUUCAAGAUGGAAUUACAAAUGGUGCUGCGUGGUAUGGUUUGACAGGAGGCAUGGAGGACUAUAACUACAUGCAUAGCAACUGCUUUGAGAUCACCAUAGAAUUAUCAUGUGUAAAAAAUCCAUUAGCGAAAACACUACAUCAAGAGUGGGAUGACAAUCGAGAAUCAUUGUUGCUUUACAUGGAAGAAGUUCAUAAAGGCAUUAAAGGCUUUGUUUAUGAUGAAGAUGGAAAUCCUAUUCCUAAUGCUACAGUGACUGUUCAUAACAUUCACCAUGAUGUUAUCACUGCAGCUAAUGGUGACUACUGGCGACUUCUUGUUUCUGGAAAAUAUGCUGUUACUGCCCAUGCUCGAGGAUUUGAAGCAGAAACACAUACUGAUGUUGUUGUAUCAAAUGGUCCAGCAACUGAUGUAAUAUUUAGGCUGAAGAGAGUGUCACCAGAUAAUUCAAAUGGAGAAGGCGAAGAACGUCCAGUAGAUGGAAAGCAUUUUGAACCAAGUGUAUUUGAGCACCACCGUUAUGAUGCAAUGGUGUCAUUUUUAAAACAACAAGCCAACAGGUUUCCAGACAUUACUCGAUUGUAUAGUAUUGGAAAGUCUGUUAAGGGACGUGAGUUGUGGGUGCUUGAAAUCACAGACCAUCCAGGAAAACACGAACCAGGAGAGCCAGAAUUUAAAUAUAUUGGUAACAUGCAUGGGAACGAAGUGAUUGGACGUGAAGUUUUAUUGCUACUUGUUCAGUAUUUGGUGGAAAACUAUGGUCAUGAUGGUCAAUUGACUGAACUAGUAGAUACAACACGUAUCCACAUCAUGCCAACAAUGAAUCCAGAUGGAUAUGAGGCUGCACGUGAAGGAGAUGUAGCAUCUGUUUUAGGGCGUACAAAUGCUCGUGGGGUCGAUUUAAACAGAAAUUUUCCAAGUUUCUUUCAUCGUCCACAGCAUUCACCAGAAUUAGAGACAAAGGCAAUUAUGCAAUGGCUUAAUGACAUUCCCUUUGUUUUGUCAGCUAAUCUUCAUGGUGGAUCUCUGGUUGCCAAUUAUCCAUAUGAUGACUCACCCAGUGGGCGUACCAUGUAUAGUAAAUGCCCAGAUGAUGACAUUUUUCGUCAGGUAGCACUAGCGUAUUCUAUGUCUCACACAAGGAUGCACAGCUUUAGUGGUUGUCCUGGUUACAGAGAAACUUUUAAGAGUGGCAUCACGAAUGGUGCUGCAUGGUAUGCACUCACUGGUGGAAUGCAGGACUACAAUUAUGUGAAAACAAAUUGUUUUGAAAUCACGAUUGAAUUGAGCUGUACUAAGUUUCCAUUUCAGAGACACUUAAAGAGUUUCUGGCUAGAGAAUAAACCAGCUCUUGUUGCAUAUAUGGAAGAGGUUCAUAGAGGUGUGAAGGGGUUUGUAAGAGACACAAGUGGCAAUCCAGUCCAAGCUCAAAUUGAUGUCAUAGGUCGUAAGCAUCCAAUUCAUGCUGCUAUUGAUGGUGACUAUUGGAGACUUCUUGCUCCUGGUACAUACAAGAUUAAAGUAUCGAAAGAUGGAUAUGAAUCUGUUACAAGAACAGUGGUUGUUCCAAAAGUGGGUGCUGUUAGUGUGGAUUUUGUGAUGCAGGUGCUAGAACAAAGAGUACCUACUUCAUCAGUUGUCGUCGAAGUCAUGAGAGGUGCUUUAUACACAACUGGAAGCACACCUUUAAAAGGCAGUGAUGAACAAGGAACUACUUUGACGUCUUCACGGUAUUCUAGUGCUGUUCAUCAUGUUUCAGUCAUGUCUAGUCUCUCACCAAGCAUGUCAGCAGUGAAGUCUGAUGGCGGAUCUAGUUCUAGUCAGCUGUCUGUCUCUACUGUAUCACUAGACACUGGAAUGUCAUCUGUUGGUGGCAAAAUAAGCUCAGUAGAUCAAGUGAGGCCAUCUAUGAUUGCUUCAGUUUCCUCCCCAACUCCAUCUGCUAACAAGACAGCGACAUCACAUUUUGCAGUAUCUUCUUUACGUGGUCCUUCGUUUCAUCAUGUGUCAUUGUAUCAUAAAAGCAACAAAGAAGUUAGUAAACACAUGUUUGAUUUAUCUAAAAAGUGUGCUGUCAUCAGUCAAACUGAACGAGUAUAUAAGACAGAUGAGGCUCGUGAGGUAGUGGCUUUUAUGUUGUCUGACAACCCUGAAGAGCAUGAAAUUGAUGAGCCAGCAGUGCUUUUUGUUGCCAACACAGAUGGUUAUAGCGCAGUGGGACAGGAAAUGCUUUUGUUGUUGAUGGAAGAGCUAUGCUUGAAGUAUGGCAAGAGCGAUAGCAUUACUCAACUUGUGGAUUCUAUGAAAAUAUAUUUUAUUCCAUUACUUCAUGCUGAUAGGUUCAGCAAGGCAAUGGAAGGUAACUGUGUUGGAGGCGAAGAACUGACUGGCACGAUGCUUGACAAGUAUUGUUCAUGGUUGGAGAGUAAAAACAUUACAGCUGUGUAUAAUGUUGGAAAUGGUGUGGUAUCUGAUAGCAGUUGGCAUGACCUGGAGCUUGGUUUACAGCCAUUUGCAAAGCACAUGACUAAGAUAUUCUUUUCAAAUCAGAAUUUCAACUUUACAAAGAAAUGCAGUGCUUCACUGCCUCCUUCGAGAAGUUCGUGUUUGAAAACGGUUCAUCUGCCUGUUUCUUGCUGUCAGUAUCCUCCUGCACCAGAGCUGAGCAAUCACUGGAUGCAUCAUAAGCCUGCGUUUCUGUCUGUCUUACAUCAUAGUUUGCAUGGUGUGCAUGGAGUUGUUACAGACAACAAUGGUGUCUCUUUGUCAGGAGCAUUGGUGACAGUUUCUUGGAAGCAGUUGAACCUGACUGUUCAGACAGGAAAGGAUGGUGAUUACUGGCUUUCUCUUGUACCUGGUGACUACAAGAUUGAUGUAUUUGUCAAAGGUUAUAGCGUAGCAUCUCAGAAUGUCAAGGUGACACAAAGUCUUUUUGUUGAUGCAACGAAUUUCUCUCUGACUGUUAAUGAACCUCAUGGUUUGGGGGUAAGUGUUCCUGCAUUAGCUGCUGGUGUCAGCGUAGUUGCAGUCUUUGUCUUUGUGGUGGUUGCUGGUAUUGCAUUUCAAAAGUACCACAAAUAUGAGAAACUAAGGAAGGGAUUUCGACCACUGAGAACAAAUGGAUUGGAAGGGAAACACAGCAAAUUCUUACUUAAUCCAAACUUGGAUGACUCGGCCGAUGAUGAAGACAUUUUCAAUCCACAUAGACUAUGAAAGUACAUUUGAUACAGUGGACCGUGUAGGGACGGUCGUAUCAUUUCUUCAUAUUGAUAUAGUUUGUGUUUCAGUGUGUAUAAUUGAAUAGAAUUGGCAGUUUGGGAUGUAA